GGCUCUUUCUCAGGAUGAUCAAGAUGAUACCCAUUUAAAAAUAGAGGAUAUCAUUCAGAUGUCAGAUUGUCCAAAACCAGAGUGCUUUGAGACUUUGUCAGCCAUGGAGCUUGCAGAGCAAAUAACUCUUUUAGACCACGUAGUUUUCCGAAGCAUACCAUAUGAAGAGUUUCUCGGGCAGGGCUGGAUGAAAGUGGAUAAAAAUGAGAGAACACCCUAUAUUAUGAAAACUAGUCAACAUUUUAAUGAUAUGAGUAACCUUGUUGCCUCCCAAAUCAUGAAUUACGCUGAUGUCAGCUCCCGGGCUAACUCAAUUGAAAAGUGGGUAGCAGUAGCUGAUAUCUGUCGAUGUAUGCACAAUUACAAUGGUGUGUUAGAAAUCACGUCAGCCUUGAACAGAAGUGCAAUCUACAGACUUAAGAAAACUUGGGGUAAAGUAUCCAAACAGACAAAAGCUCUCAUGGACAAGCUUCAGAAGACUGUGUCAUCUGAAGGAAGAUUUAAAAAUCUUAGAGAAACACUCAAAAAUUGUAACCCACCUGCUGUUCCCUACCUUGGAAUGUACCUGACAGACCUGGCAUUCAUUGAAGAAGGAACACCAAACUUCACUGAGGAAGGCCUUGUCAAUUUUUCCAAAAUGAGAAUGAUCUCACAUAUUAUCAGGGAAAUACGCCAGUUCCAACAGACCUCCUACCGCAUAGAGCAUCAGCAGAAGGUCACUCACUAUUUACUUGACAAGACACUCAUCAUAGAUGAAGAUACCUUGUAUGAGCUUUCCCUAAAGAUUGAACCCAGACUCCCUGCCUGA